AGAAUGGUCCCACCUGAUCUAGCCUCCUCCCAUCUUUCAGGACAUGUAUUUUCAUUGUUAGAGCGGUCACACGACUAUCUUCUCAAUAUAAUUGACGCUCAAUAUACUGCGUAUCGAAGAGGGAGAGAACAGGAGCAGGGGGUGUGUUUGUGGGGCAAAGGAACACAACACAGCACAGGUGGGUGAGAAGCAAGCUGGUAGAAUUCAAUAUGGCAUCCGGCGAUACGCUGUAUAUUGAGGCGGACGGCUCGGAGAUGCCGGCCGAAAUAGUGGAGUUGCAGGAGAUAGAGGUGGAAACUAUCGAGACUACAGUGGUCGGGGGAGACGACGACGACCAGCCGAUGAUAGCACUUCAGCCGCUGGCAUCAGAGGACCCGAAUUCGAUCCACCACCACCAUCAAGAAGUGAUCCUAGUGCAGACAAGAGAGGAAGUUGUUGGCGGGGAUGAUUCAGAUAUGCAUGCGGACGGGGGUUACGAGGAUCAAAUCCUCAUCCCCGUCCCAGCACCCGGCGUGGAAGACGAGUACAUCGAACAGACUCUGGUGACUGUAACAGGGAAAAACUCGGUGGGUCGGAUGAAGAGAGGGGUAGGCGGCAGUUGCAAAAAAACUAACAAAAAGAGCUAUUUGGGUGCUGCAGAACCAAGCGGUAGAAAAUGGGAACAGAAGCAGGUACAAAUAAAGACUCUGGAGGGGGAAUUCUCUGUUACAAUGUGGGCUUCGGAUGACAAAAAAGACAUCGACCAUGAGUCGGUUGUUGAAGAACAGAUCAUUGGGGAGAAUUCCCCUCCGGACUACUCUGAAUACAUGACUGGGAAGAAGCUGCCCCCUGGAGGGAUACCUGGCAUCGACCUGUCAGACCCCAAACAGCUGGCAGAGUUUGCCAGGUCAGUGUCUAUCUGCCUAAACUCACCUGUCCAUCAAGGUUCCUUCAGUAACUCUGCUGGUCCCUAUGGUCAGAACUCAGUGCGGAUGAAGCCGAGGAAGAUAAAAGAAGACGACGCGCCCAGGACAAUCGCCUGCCCUCAUAAAGGCUGCACUAAGAUGUUCAGGGACAACUCAGCGAUGAGGAAGCAUCUCCACACCCACGGGCCUCGUGUGCACGUCUGUGCCGAGUGUGGCAAGGCCUUCGUAGAGAGUUCCAAACUCAAACGCCACCAACUCGUUCACACAGGGGAGAAACCCUUCCAGUGUACAUUUGAGGGCUGUGGGAAGAGGUUUUCGCUGGACUUCAACUUGCGCACACACGUUCGUAUCCACACCGGAGACCGGCCCUACGUAUGCCCCUUCGACGGCUGCAAUAAGAAGUUUGCCCAGUCAACCAACCUCAAGUCUCACAUCCUCACACACGCCAAAGCCAAAAACAACCAAUAAGAGCCCUCAGACCUGCCCCAAGUCCCACCCCGACAGCAGCAUCUUAACGAUGCCACACGUCAAACCUCCUUUGAAAGAAGGAAAUUGUUGAUAAAUACUUUUCUCCUAUUGGGUGGCUGAAGAACAGUGACACUAUUCAAAAAGAUGAAACCCCUCUCCCAACCUCCCAUCUCUCCUCCCUUCAUAGCGGCUUCAUGUUUAUUGCCAGAAAUAUGGAACUCAUUGACUAACAUCAGAGACUAUUCUUUCUACCAUGGAGCUGCAUGAGAGAGGGAGCAAUCUGGCUGUUUUUCCACAUUCAGCACAGCUUUUAAUUUUCUAUUUCUCCAAGUGUGCAUAUUGUACACUUAUUUUGGGACAUGUUCAGUAAGACAAUUGGAUUAUUAUGAUUUCUUUCCCCUGAGUAUUUAGAUCCACUUUCUGUAUGAUAGUCCUGGCAAGACAUGAUAUGAUAGUCCUGACGAGACGUGCUAUGAUAGUCCUGACAAGACGUGAGUUACUGUACCGUCACAUUGCUUAAAAAAUUAUUUUCUGUAAAAAGUUUUGUUGGUUGGCAUCUUCAUCUUUACUUUUGGUUGUAUUGCUUCUAACCAUUAAAUAAUAUUGUAUACUUGUAUUGUAUGGCUGUAUUGAAAUGAUGUAGACCGUGAUAGAGGUGUGAUUUUUAAAUUGUUAACCAAUUUAACUUUUAGUCAUGAGUUGCUUUAUCUUUUUUAUGGAUUGUCCCCUUUGCUGAGAAAUAUGUCCCUGCCGUUGAUUCACUGCGAGCCUGUCUAUUCUAAUACUGAAACGCAUUAAAUGAAAUCGCCAGCGUGACCAUCAGUUUCUUUGUUAGAAUGUAAUGUACAGGCGUCGUAAACCAUGACAUUUCUUUGUUGAUAUUUACACCCAUGCAUUUCAAUGGCCCACAAUAAAAAGGUCAUCCCAAA